GUCAGACACAUACCAGAUGUCUUCCUCCAUUGAGUUUCUAGAGACAGCGUCAGACAACUGCAGCGAACAGUAGACCAGCAAGGAUGAAUGGGACCUACAACGCGACUUGCCGGAAUAGUACACCACUGGCUGUCGCUUAUUCCUUUGUGGUUUUGCUGGGACUGCCACUGAACGCACUGUCACUGUGGAUCAUUGUCUGCAGACACAGGCUCCGGGCGGCCAACACCGUCAUCAUGGCCAACCUGGCCGCCUCGGACCUUCUCCUGAUCCUCUCUCUGCCCCUACGCAUCGUCUUGCACAUCAAGCCCAACAAGCUUUUGCUGGUACCCUGUAAAGUGAUGGUCUUUCUCAUGAGAACCAACAUCCUGUCCAGCUCCUUCUUCAUCACCCUCAUCAGCGUGGACCGCAUACUGGCUCUGGUCUACCCACUGCGCUCUCGGGUGGUACGCUCUCCCAGGACAUCAGGGAUCGCUUGCAGUGCCGUGUGGUUGCUGGCGAUGGCGUGCUACCUGCCUGAUCUGAAAGACAGCAGACGAUCCUCUACAUGCUUUAUCAUACUUUCCGAGUGUAACUCCAGUGAUUUUAACACUGACACCAAGGAUGAGUUGCCCUUCUUUGCGUUAACCCUAUCGGUUUGCCUGUAUCUGAUGUUCAUAGUCAACCUGUUUGCCACAGCCAGAGUUGUGUGGAACCUAAAUAAUCGUCAGAUGGACCUGGCUGGGUACAGUGUGAAAAGGGUGAUGUUGAUUUUCCUUGUCAAUGUGCUGAUAUUUGCCCUCUUUUUCUUGCCACUGGCCAUCGUGCUGCCGCAGCCCGAACCCAAGCCAGAGCAUAUAGAGGUAACACUGUGUCUCUCAACCUUCAACUGCUGCCUGGACCCCCUCGUUUACUAUUUCGCUUUAGAUGGUUUCUUGGAAAAAAAAAAAAACACGGAUGUAUAAUUUGAUAUUUUGCAGUCCCUGAUUGGUUAGCACUGCAGUCCCACAUGUGUCUGUGUUUGCAGUGUGAUGGAAUGGCAUUCCAUCCAAGCUAUAGCCCUGUCUUGUGCCCUCUGACUCCUGGGUAGGCCUCAGGUCUCCCAGAUACACAUGUUACUGCUCAUAUCCCUUCCCUACGAGAGUUUUUUUCAGUAACAAGUUCUAAUCCCGCGAUAUUUACCUUAUCCUAAUAAUGCAUGCAAUGUAGUGUUCGGUCUGCAGGGGGUACUUUUUUUAUCUAAUAAUGAAGAAAAAAACAACUUAAAGCAUUGUACUGUAGGGCUCAGCUAAAGCCCCGUCUAUAUUUGUCUCCUCUCCUUGAUUGUCUGC